AUGGGGAUGCUAACGUUCGGUCGUUUCCUUAGCCGGCCCUACCCUCACCUCCGGGACGGUCCUACCCUCUUUUCCUUUCAACAACAAUUCCUGAUGCAGGAAUCUAGCGCCCACCAACGUCGGAAGUCCAGCGACUCGGCUGUCGCGCCAGAGUCGCUGGUGUCGACACCGGGCCCCGAGGACUUGGAUAACCCAUUCUCGGAAGAGUUCGCCGACGCGGAUGACUUUUACUCCCCUCCUCCUUCCCCCGGCAAGCUAUCACGCAACGGUUCCUUUUCCAACAGUAGCUCGUACCAGGAGGACUGGGAGACAUUUCCUCCACUGGACAAGUUGACCAUCUUCGAUCUUCUUGAUAACUUCCAACUCACCGAUCGUCUGGAAAAAUGGCAACAUACAAUCAACCUGCAGAAGGAGAAGGUGCGCAAACAGCGUGAGAAGCUACGAUCAACCGGGCAGAACGCUAGACAGCGUGUGGUGGGAGAGUGGAAGCGUCGAAUCCCGACCGCGGAUGAGCGACUUGAUAAAUACCGACAGCGCAUGAAGACUGGGGUGGAGCGUCUAGGGAAACAGUGGAACAAGACCGCUACUGUUACCCUGCGAGAGAAAGCUUCCUUCAUCGCCGGUGUGCUCAACAUCUUUAUUUGCGGCUACCUGAUUGGUGCUUUUCCUCAAUAUUUCUAUCUCUGGUACACAGUUCAGCUGGCGUACUUUAUGCCCAUACGGUAUUUCACCUACCAUGCCAAGGGCUACCACUACUUCCUCGCCGAUCUCUGUUAUUUUGUGAAUAUGCUAUGCAUGCUGAGUUUGUGGGUCUUCCCUGGCUCGAAGCGGCUGUUCUUGGGCACAUUCUGUUUAACAUUCGGGAAUAAUGCGGCCGCCAUCGCCAUGUGGCGGAACUCACUUGUUUUCCAUAGCAUGGACAAAGUUGUCAGUCUAUUCAUUCACAUCAUGCCGCCUGUCACCUUGCACUGUGUUGUUCACAUGACCCCCGUCGAUAUGCUCAAGGAGCGAUUUCCCGCGGUCUAUGCUAUCAAGUUCAGCCAACCGGGUGACCCUGAGCACUAUUCUCUGUGGGCCAUGAUUAUUUGGUCUACUGUGCCCUACCUGACCUGGCAGUUGGCAUACCACUUCUUCAUUACUGUGCGCCGUGCCGAUAAGAUUGCGGCGGGUCGUCCAACCAGCUUUACCUGGCUUCGCAAGUCAUACUCCAAGGCCUGGAUUGGACGCUUUGUUCUGAGCUUGCCCGAGGCCCUGCAAGAACCAACAUUCAUGUUAAUUCAAUACGCCUUUGCGCUGUCGACCAUGAUCCCAUCUCCAAUCUGGUUCUGGUACCGAUAUGCAAGCGCAGUCUACAUCUCUGCUUUGUUCGUCUGGAGUAUCCACAACGGUGCGACCUACUAUAUCGACGUCUUUGGCAAGCGGUUCCAGAAAGAACUAGACCAGCUGAAGAUGGACGUUGCUCGGUGGCAAAGUUCUCCCGAAGGAGCGACUAGCCCUCUCGUUUUCCCGGAUACUCCUGCUACUGUUGCCACUGAUGCAGGUCGAACACAUGCAUCUCUUGAGAAACGAGGCAGCGUUGACCGGAUUCCUCUCUUGGACUCCAACGAGGCUGCCUCGACUGCCGUCCGUGAUAUUUCCCGAGAUACUGAUUCCACUAUUCGCGAGAGAACCUAG